AUGACCAGGGCUAGACAAGCAAGUAUUCGUUCACAACAACAAUGGGAGGAAAGGCAACAAUUUAGACGAGGUGUUGCAAGUCAUAGAUCACAAUACAAUGCAGGUGGGAGUUCUGGUGCAAGGGGUAGUGGUCAAAGAAUGCCAAAAGGGUCAGGUAUUGUUAAUGUUUUUCGUCGAUCACAAUUCGUGCGUGAAACUGGUGAGAGUGGACGUAAUUGGAUUAAGCCCAAUGCUCCUGAAGCAAGGUUUAGGGCAAUGGAUGUAGAACUCCAAAAGAGCAAGAGUACAAAGCAGCGAAAAAUCUCUACAAUGAAUUUACAGAAGUUAAGAGAGAGACAGGCAGUGUCCAAGUUUAUGCUCUAUAAUUGUAUUCUAUUCAAUGCAGUUGAUUCAAAGUAUACACAACCCAUGCUUGAUGUUGUUGCUAAAGUAGGGCCAAAAGUAAAAGGUCCUAGUGCUUAUGAAGUUUCUGAAGUAUAUUUGGGCAUGGAGCAUAAUGAAUUGACAGAAUGGGUAGGAUCAUUCAAGGGAAUUUGGACAGAGAGAGGUGUAUCCAUCAUGUAUGAUGGUUGGAGCAGUCUAACUCGGCAACACAUCAUCAACUUCUUAGUGUAUUGCAAUAGAUGUACUAUAUUUCACAAAUCAAUUGAUGCCUCUAAUAUUAUUAGUAGGACUGCUGAAUAUUAUUUUGGGUUGUUAGAUAAAGUUGAUGAAAUUGGAGAACAAUAUGUUGUUCAAGUGGUAACUGAUAAUGAACCUGCACUAAAAGCUGCCGGUAAAAUGUUAAUGAGAAAAAGAAAUCAUUUAUAUUGGACAGCUUGUUCAACACAUUGUAUCGAUCUCAUGCUAAAAGACAUAGCCAAUAAGAAAAGUGUAGCAAAUGUGAUUGAAGAUGAUAAAACUAUCACCAAUUUCAUUUAUAAUAGUGGAUGGGUGUUGGAUUUAAUUAGAAAAUUCAUUGGAGAUAGAGAAUUGAUUCGACCUACCAUCACUUGA